GAAUUAGGAUAAAAUAUAGAUGACGAUUCAGACCGUUAUGGCGUACAGAUACUGAAAACGGAUGACAUCGAAUUUGCGGCAGAGUUGGGAAUAUCUUCUGUACCGUCAUUUGUAUAUUUUGAGAACAUGAUUCCAAGCAUUUACGAUGGAGACCUCAUGAGCGAAGAAGAUCUCCUGCAGUGGUUAAUUGAGCAGAAAACAGAAGACACCAUAGAAAAUAUCAACAGAGAUAUGUUAUUCAGGAUGAUCGAAGAACAGGAGUACCUAGCAAUAUAUUUCUAUAAAGAAAAUGAUAAGGAGAGCAAAGAAAUACUAAAGCACUUGGAACAAAUAGAUGAUGACUGCAGCGAUUACGAAGUGCAAUUAUUAAAAAUGUCCGACAAUCUUAUGGCAAAAAAAUACAGAGUUCGAAAUCCUCCUGGUCUAGUUUUCUUUCGUCACGGCAACCCUAUUACGUACCCUGGUGAUUUAACAGAUGAAGAGGAAGUUCUUGAGUGGUUGACGAGCCCGGAUAAUAUGGAAAGCAGCGAUGCUAUUGAAAAGGUUAACAGAAGAAUGCUGGAAAGGGUUCUUGCUCGAUGUGACUACCUUGCUGUGUUUUUCUAUAGAAAAUCGCAUUGCCGUAAAUGUGGCAAAGCACUGGAGGAGCUCGAAAACAUCGAUGACGACGCGGAGGCAGAAGGCAUCCAUUUCGUGAAAAUAGAAGACGACAAAUUAGCUAGAUCCUUCGGAGUUUUCAACAUGCCUGCUCUCGUCUUCUUUCGAUUUGGUGAUACAGAGGAUGCUGUGGUUUACGCUGGUGACUUGAAGAAUGGCUCAGACAUUCUGGAUUGGCUGAUUACACAAAAAGAUCCCUCUAGCGACAUGAUUGAAGAAAUGGACGGAGACGAGCUUGAAGAACUGAUAGAAACGGCAGACUUUCUUGCGGUAUUGUUUUAUGAUCCCGACGAAGAGGACUGUCCAGAGUGUCAAGAAACUCUUGCUGAUCUAGAAAAUAUCGAUGACGACACCGACAGGCAUGGAAUAUUAUUUGUUAAAACCACGGAUGACAGCAUAGCUGCGGAUUACGGCAUAACGAAAUUUCCCGCUCUUCUGUACUUUGAGAACAAUGUUCCUAGCAUAUAUGAAGGUGAUAUUGCAGCUGAGGAGGAAGUUCUUCAGUGGUUAAUUCACUCCAAAUCCGAAGACACCAUUGAAACCGUGAAUAAGGAUAUGUGCGAUAAACUUAUCGAAAGCACACCAUACCUCGUAGUAGUAUUCUAUAAACCACAAAAUAAACUAUCAGAAGAAAUCUUAGAGCAUUUGGAGAACAUUGAUGGAUUUACCGAUGAGUACGGCAUACAAAUGGUGAAAACACAAGAUAAUACUGUCGGUAGACGUUACGGAGUGAAACAGUUUCCUGCUUUAAUUUAUUUCCGGAACGGCCACCCAAAUGUAUACAAAGGAAACCUUAGGAAUGAAGAGGCUGUUCUGGACUACAUUCUGAGCGAGAAUACCUUACAGCUUCCAGAAGAAAUUGAAGAAGUCAACGGUAAAAUGCUGGAAAAACUUAUUGAAAAAUAUCAACUGCUGGCCGUUUAUUUUUACGAGAAGGAAUGCGAGGAAUGCAUAGACAUUUUGAAAGAACUCGAAGAGAUCGAUGAAGAAGCUGAUUUGUUUGGGAUCGGCUUUGUUAAAGUAAGCGACCCAGCUUCGGCUGUCAAGUGGGGAGUUCACAGUGUUCCGACCCUGGCCUAUUUCAGGAAGAGAGUACCAGUUUUCUAUGAAG